CCAAAACCUACUGUUCACUUCCUGCAUUAAUCAUAUCGAAGAUGAGCAGUUUUCAUGUUGCGUUCAAUUUUGGUAGUGUUAAACUAGACCCAUUAUAUUCUCGGUGAAUCAUUUUGCUGGUUGAGGACAGGAAAUUUUGUCGAUGGAGGCCGUGGCGAAAUAUAAGUUUACUGCUUCUCAAGAUGACGAACUCUCCUUCGAAAAAGGCAGCGUUCUGAAUGUAAACAGGGUUUCUUUUAAUAUGUAAACUCAAAUAAUUUAUUGGCACUCGACUUUCAGGUUUUCAGUCUUUGAUUAUGCAUCAUUUUGCAGCCAAAUAUCAUUUAUUUUCAGAUCUUAGACAAAGAUGAGGACAGAAAUUGGUAUAAAGCAGAACAAAACGAUCAAGAAGGUUGGAUUCCAAACACCUAUAUAACGAUGAGACCUCACAGGUAUGCUCAAAUUUUACCCGAAGGUCGAUGUGACAGUUUCAUUUUUUAAGUUUUUGUUUCGAUUCACGAGUGAAUUUCAAUGUUUUUUAUCUUGUGAUUUGAAACGUCGAAUGUGCUGUUAUGAAAUGUGGGACAAAUUCUUUGGUUGCACCAUAGAUGAUGUUUGAAUGAAAUGAUCUCCUUUCUCAAGUUAAUGGGUCAGGAAGUUCCCCUCAGUUGAUUUGACUUCCGUCGUUUCAAAUCGAGCGACUGAUCAAUUGAUCAAUUCUAAGCUCCGUCUGAUAUUCUGCAAUAUUGUGCGUGUAAUUCUGCAUUUUGAUUGUGCACUAAGCGGUGCUGAGCCGUUGAGAGAUUUACAAUUAACAGAAACAAUCUAAUACGCAUAUCGCAUUGUUAUCGAUUAUAUUUGAAGCCUCUUACCUUGAUUGUUUUGAAACACGCAUUACAGCUCAUAUUUCCACAACACAAUUGCCUCUUCGAAUGAACAUUGUACUUAUGACAGCUUCAGGGUCUCUGCUGAAUAAUUUGAUCGAGAAAUUAAUGGCACUUUUGGUUUUCUCAUUUAUUUCUUUUGCAACUUUUGCUUGAAAUGCACGCGAACCUCAUGUUGUCAUCUGUGUGAGGGGAAUUUUCAACUUUGCUUUCAAGGGGGAAAAGAAGCAACUAGAACUAAUUUGUUUUCACUCCUUGCUGAACUUGAAGUGAGGUCCUCGAUCGCCACUACGACAGUUAAACUAAGGUCUCAGGUAUAAGACAAACCUUUCACCUAUAUGGUCAGUCAUCAAAGACCAUAACCUUUGUGUUGAUUGUUGGGAAGGGAUGGAAUUCCAGAUUUUUACAGCUGUUUUGUAUACCUACCAAUUUUAGAAGACUCGGUCAUUUCUGAAAUUUUCAAAGAUUUAGCAUCAUGUACUAAAAAUAUUUGUGGGUGUGGUGAAGAGUUUGCUCUUCUUCUUAAAUUGGAGGCUUUUGGGAAAAAAGAAUCAUUAAAAAACCUGAUCUUUUCUUGAAAACAUUCAUGCUACUCAUACUUUAAACGUACUGAUAAAAGUGGCAGUAGCACAAAUAUUUCUAUAGGCAUAAGAAUUUGAUCAGCAGGUAUGGUUUUGUGUGAGAUCAACUUUUGUACCUGUGGCCCUCAAAUUGGCACCCAAUAAGUGAAUGUAGAAAAGGUAUAACUUAAGAACAUUGUAAUAUGUAUUUGUUGUUGUUGCUGACUGUACUGAAAUGUUAUUUUAGCUGGUUCCAUGGUAAAAUAACGAGAAGACAAGCUGAAGAAGCACUUCUGCAGGUCCAACAUGAAGGUGCCUUUCUCAUCCGAGAGAGUGAGAGCUCACCAGGUAUUGGUCAGUGCAGUCAUGUCUAUGCGAUAUUUAAAUGGCCCCUCUUGGGACCAUGGCUAUUAUAUUUUAGAUAGAAGAAGUUGUACCCUCUUCCUUCUGUGGCCUUAAUCAUGUUUUUUGUGAGGGAAGAGCUCACUGUAGUCUCACAGGCUUCUUUGCAUCACUCCCUUUGUUUUACAGAGGAUUUUCUGUUUAUUCUUUAUCCUGAUAUCCUUUCUAGUGAAAGGAUAUCACUAGCACUGAUGUCCUCCAUCUGAUUUUGGGGAACUGAUUACUUUAACAAUGGUUCACAAUUAACUUAUUUUUGCUCAAAAAAAAAUAUGACAAUCAAUCAUACAAUAAAAUGCAAAAUUCUUAUUUCAAUGAAUUGGUAAUUGCAUGUUAUGGGUUGUCACAAAUCUAGGCAGUCUUUUUGCUAUUUUGUUGCCUCUUCUCUAAGAGAUCACAAAUUAUCAUUACUAGUAACUGUUUUCCAUAUAGUUCUUGUAAAUGUCAAUCAUGGUUCUGGUUCAGUAUGAGUUUCAAAUGGUUGGGCAUAUUUAGCAUAGCCAGUAAUAUGCUUUAAUAUUCUUUAAACCUGACCAUGAACAAGGCAAAACAUGCAAACCAUUGCUAGUCAAGGAAGAAACUGAGAAAACUUACUGAUUUUGCUCUGUCAUGCUGUUUGGAAUAAUAUAUAAUAUAUAUAUAUAUAUAUAUAUAUAUAUAUAUAUAUAGGAAGUCUGCAAGUCGAUUUUCGCAUGGAACAGUGCUCAAUACGUUGAAGCAGAGCAGAAUAAAUAUUAUGAGAGGAAAAAAGGACGCAACUACAUUGCUCUGUCAUGCUGUUUGGAAUAAUAUAUUAAACCCCUGAAGAGUGAAGCGAUUCACGAAACAGGCUUGUCAGGAAAUGUAGUUGCGUCCUUUUUUCCUCUCAUAAUAUAUAUAUAUAUAUAUGUUUGAGGGGGGUGUCUAUUGCAGAGUGAGUUUAUUAGUGAUGGGUCUCUUAAAAGCAUAGCAGCAAAGGGGGGGUGUUGUUAGAUAAGGGGUGUUUGUUUAACCCUUUAACUCUCAAGAUCUCAUUAGUAAUUCUCCUUACUGUUAGCCAAAUGAUUCUCAUUAUGUUAGUUUGGAGAAUUUGGUAUCGGACCAAUUAGUAAUCCCAUAAUUGAUAUUUUUCUUUAUUCUCAUCACUUGUCUACAUGAUAUUGUAUAAAUGUAGUGAGGAGAAAUUCUCUCUUGGUCACUCAUGGGAGUUAAAGGUUAAGAAGGAGUGUCUAUAAGAUAAUUUAGGAUAUGGGUGUUCUUUUUGCUCUGUUGUUAAUUCUUUUGAUGUUAUCACUUUUCAGGAGACUUCUCUCUGUCUGUUAGGUAAGGAUGAUCUUGCAAUAUUUCUACCUUAUCACUGAAUUUUUAAAACCUAUAAACGAAUUAGUAAAACACAGCAUAUUCUAUAGGUCAGUGAAUGGUUAGGGAUUAAUAGAGAUAAGGCUCUUUUGUGCCAUGACAACUUGACGACACAACUUACCCCUUUAGCACAACACUCCACCUCACUAAUCUACAGUUGCUACUGUAAGUUUGGGAUUCAUCCACCAAACAAAAGUGAAUGCCUGCCAAUACAGCUGAUGUGGGAAUAUCAUAAGAAAUGUAUGUCAAACUCCUAUUUAGGAUGAGUGGUAAAUAGUUUGCUUCUGUAUUUAGAUUGAAUGUUGUUACAUUGCUGUUCGCCCACUACAUUAGCUCAGGUUUUGUGAAAAAUAACCAGUACCCAUCCAGGUACUUGGAAUAAAACAAAAAAUAAACUCUUGGCUUUGAAUGUUGUUUUUGAGUGUUAACAGUAUAAUUAGGUAACUCAAUUCUGGUUACCAGGUCAUAUACUAAAUCUCAUUAUGAAUACUUAAUCCAUCAUUUAUUUACUUAAAAUAAGCUCAAUAUGGAAUAAUUCCUAAAUAACUAGAUCAGGACUCAGGGACAAUGUCCAUUGCAUCUCUGUUUCUUCCUGUGGUCAACCUAAAUAGCUUUGAUCACAGGAGAACGCUUAGCACACUGUACAUACCAUCUUUCUUAAGUUACCACAGUCAAACCUGCAUUAAGUGGCUCUUUGUUAACCCUUAAACUUCUGUGAGUGACCAAGACAGAAUUUCUCCUUACAAUAUCAGUGCAAUAUCAAGCAGACAAGUGAUGAGAAUAAUUAAAGAAAAAUCUCAAUUAGGGGAUUAUUAGUUGAUCCAAUACCAAAUUCUCCAAACUAACAUCACAAGAACUAUUUGCAGACAGUAAGGAGAAAUUAUAAUGGAAUCUUGGAAGUUAAAGGAUUAAGCAGUCACCUUUAUUAAGAGCUAAGUUAUCAGUCACAAAAUUCUUUUCUCUCAAACACUUUUAGUAAUUGUCACCUCUAUUAAACUGUGGCAGUCACCCUUUACCCAAGUCCCAAAAGCCUGUUUGUAUUGUCUUCCACCUGUGCUGAAUGGUCACUCAAGCAUAUUUAAUCCAUGUUCAUCUCCCGAAAUCAAUGCUAGUAUUAUUUUCAAGAGUGUGUUUGUACAUUUUAUUAAAUAAAAUAUCUUUUAUUAAUGAUACCUCUCUAUUGUGGAACCUGUCAUAGGUGAUCAACCUGUAUUUAGUGGUCACCACAGCAUUUCCUGUGGGUGCAAGUUUAGUUUAUGUCUAUAUACUUAGUUAGUAGAGUCAGGUGGUCAAAGCUUUCAUAACAAAUAAAAAAUUUCUCUUCAUCAGAACUGGUGACCAUGUUCAGCACUUCAAAAUCUUUAAAACUGAGGAGAGGAAGUACUAUUUGUGGAUAAGACAGUUUUCAUCUCUCAACAUGUUGGUAGAGCACCACAAAACAAACACAGUCAGCAACAAUCAACAAAUAUUCCUCAGUGAUACAGACUUAAGAGUAAGUUACAUUUGUGCCUUUAACGUUAUCCAUAUUGGCCCGACCUAAGAAUUUGGUGAUCUAUCCUGUGAACAAUAUUCCUUGGUUGGUGAUUUUUUAAAAUUUCCUUAUCAUCAGAGUAUUCCUUGCAGUGUAUUUAAUAAUGGCAAAAACACAAGUCUGAUUGCUUGAUUAUUUUAGUGUCAGUACUUAAGACAGAACUGGAUGACAAAAAGUCCUGUUACUUAUUGAUUAAAACCAUAAGUCUCAAAUACCCAUUGUUUAAUCAGGAAAAAAAAAAGACAGUUGACAUAUUUUCUGAAAGAAAAAUAAUCUAGUUGCAGGGGUUUCACUAAAUUCUUGUAGCAGCUGCCAAUAAAAUAAUAGAGAGCUGUGUGGCAAAUCCCAAACAUGUGAACCCUGCCCACAGGCUAAACCAAUGGCCCUGAGAGUUCCUACAAGUGGUGUUUGACCACCAGUAACCAGCUUUUACUGAAACAUCUAUCCAGUAGCCUACACGAAAGCAACUGCAAAUGUUGACUUAAACUUUCCAAUUACAUAAACAUGAUACAUAAAUUUGUCAAAAUUUAAUCGAUAAAACUGGUGUAUUAUUUUACUUCUUACUCUUUGGAAUCAAAGGGUCAAAUGAAUUAUUCUUUCCCUUUAUAAAAUAGGAUGAGAUGGUGCAGGCCUUGUUUACUUUUGCUGCGCAAGACUCAGAUGAGCUGAGUUUCACGGCAGGUCAGUGGAUAACAGUGUUGGAUAAAAGUAAUCCUGAUUGGUGGAAGGGACAAGUCAAUGGAGCUAUUGGGAUCUUUCCUUCAAACUAUGUAACUGCCCCAACACCUAACCAAACAUAAACGAAAUAGAAAUCAAACAUUCAGGGCCAGUUAUUUUAACAAAAUUAAACUUAGAAAGCGGCUUUAGACAAUCAAUCAACUGAAAGAUUCUUUAUAAGUGAUAGCUGUUCAAAAUCGAAAUACAAACAUAAUGGUCAGCUGAAUUGGAGAUGAUGAAGACUAGUUAAAAUAACUGGCCCAAAGUUUUCCAACAUUCUUUGUAAAUAGAAUUCACAGUUUGUAGUUCCUUCAAUGAAACACUUUAAAAUGUCCUUGUUUAAAUUUGUCGUUAGAUGGUGAUAUAGUUUUACUGAUAUUUCAAAUAAUCUUACCACCAAACAAAUAGAAUUCACACCGGAUGUACAUUAAUUUAGCUUGUCACCAUUUCCUUGUAAGUAUGAAGUUUUAUUUGCCGUUUUUAUCAUUGUUCUUGAGGGUCAUUUUGCAAAUAAAACAAUUUAAUUUCCAUAGUUAAGAUAUAUUUUUAAGCCUUAGAAAUUACCCCAUUGAUCCAUUAUUUUUAUUUUGCAAAAAGUAAUACACUGGAAUUCUUUUCAUUAAUCUACGGUUAUUCCUGUGACAUAGAUUAAGAUGUUUAUAUUUUUUAAUGAGUUUUUUUUAACUGUAUCUAAUAAGUGUUAUCUUUACCAUGAUGUACCUGUUGAAACUCAGAUUUAAUCCUGAUGACAAAUUAUUAUAUGUAUGCUAUGAUUGGUCAAUUAAUCAGACAUUCUAUGUGGAGCUACAAUAUAUGAUUAGCCCUUUAACUCCUAAGAUUUCAUUUUAGUAAUUUUCCUUAAUUUUUGCCAUACAAUUGAUGUGAUGUUAGUGUGGAGAAUUUGGAAUUGGAUCUAUCAAUAAUCCCCUUAUUGAUGUUUUUCUUUAUUCUCAUUAACGUCUGUUUGAUAUCGUACCGAUAAUUUAAGGAGAAAUUCUGUCAAGGUCACUUGUGGGACUUAAAGGGUUAAUGUCUUAUUGACCUCGAUUUCUAAGUCCAUAUUGUAAGCUAUGGAGACAAGUUUUUCUGCCUUGCAAUUGGGCCACAAGUCUGAGCAGGAAAAAACUUGGUCUAUAAUUUACAGUCAAGACUUUGAACUUGGCUAGUAAGAGGUAUAAAAACAUUUCUGAUAUCCAAAACAGGUGUUGCAAACUACUUAUUGUAGAAGUAGUAACGGGUAAUACAUAUUAAAACUUGGGAAGUAGGUUAUUGAACUGAGGGUGCAGUGAAAGGACUGUGUCUUUCCUGGUAACAGUAUUAAUUUGUGGUAUAUCCACCCUAAAAAUUACAAUAAUUAUAAUUAUAUUUAACUUUAAAAAGAAUUGGUAUAAAGUUGUAUUUUUUUUUGGUGGCUUCUUAAGCAAUCAGUGGAUCAAUGACUUGGAAUUGUAAAGUAAUAUGUAUCAUUUUUAAUUGUUUGUCAUUUUUAAUACUGAGAGAAGUGUAAAAAGGAUGUUGUUUUCUUAACAUCCUUUGGGGAUGACAAAGUAUGCCAUAGUAGUAUGUUUAGUCUAUCAUCAAGCUGCAAGGAAAUUCUAAAAAUCAGGCUGGUUUGAGGGAUUGAGUUGUAUUAUUUUUUUUAUAGGUUAUUAAAAAAACACUCUGGCAUAAAUCAUAUGCACUUAAUAAAUAAAUGCAAUAGAGUAAAAAGUAUAAAGAAUUGUGUGCAGCAACAAAAUAAUGAAUACUUGUAUGCAAUAGACCAAGAUGUUCCUUUGCAGUUUUUCCAUUUAAUAAAUUGCUUCAAAGGCUCAAAACUUUCUAAGUGCAAGGAUUAACCUACAUUCAUUAC